AUGGCAUGGCGGUUCACUAAUGUUCGGGCAAAAACAAAGGAAAAAAUUAUAGCCAUCCCAAUCUAUCUAUCUAUCUAUCUAUCUAUCUAUCUAUCUAUCUAUCUAUCUAAUUCUUUCUUUCUUUCUAUCUAUGCCAUUCUUUCUUUCUAUCUAUCUAUCUAUCUAUCUAUCUAUCUAUCUAUCUAUCUAUCUAUCUAUCUAUGCCAUUCUUUCUUUCUUUCUUUCUUUCUUUCUUUCUAUCUAUCUAUCUAUGUCAUUCUGUUUCUAUCUAUCUAUCUAUGCCAUUCUUUCUUUCUUUCUUUCUUUCUUUCUUUCUAUCUAUCUAUGCCAUUCUAUCUAUCUAUCUAUCUAUCUAUCUAUGCCAUUCUUUCUUUCUUUCUUUCUUUCUUUCUAUCUAUGCCAUUCUAUCUAUCUAUCUAUGCCAUUCCUUCUUUCUUUCUUUCUUUCUUUCUUUCUUUCUUUCUUUCUUUCUUUCUUUCUUUCUAUGCCAUUCUAUCUAUCUAUCUCUCUAUCUAUCUAUCUAUCUAUCUAUGCCAUUCUUUCUUUCUUUCUUUCUUUCUUUCUUUCUAUCUAUGCCAUUCUAUCUAUCUAUCUAUCUAUCUAUCUAUCUAUCUAUCUAUCUAUGCCAUUCUUUCUUUCUUUUUAUCUAUCUAUGUCAUUCUGUUUCUAUCUAUCUAUCUAUCUAUCUCAUUCUGUUUCUUUCUUUCUGUCAAUCUAUAUUAUCUAUCUCAAACUACGCUCGGACCAGAAACGGAGCAGAUACGAACUUUCUUGAAUCUGGGAAGGUCUAUACGGCUAUCCUUGAUCUGCGAUGCACUUCGUGGCCGAGUCGGUCCAGAUCACUCUUUCUCAAUUCGCCCUGUACCUCUCCUUUCUUUCUUUCUUUCUUUCUUUCUUUCUUUCUUUCUUUCUUUGUAUGUAGAAAAGUCAGCCCUUUCUUUUUCCUGUUUUGUCUUUCUGCUUUCAAUUUGCCUUUUUGAUUUUGCUUGUUUGUCUCUCUUUCUUUCUUUCUUUCUUUCUUUUAAUUUACCUAGACUUUACUUUCUUCUUUCUUUCUAUCUUUCUAUUUACCUAGACUUUACAUUCUUUCUUUCUUUCUUUCUUUCUUUCUUUCUUUCUUUCUUUCUUUCUUUCUUUCUUUCUAUUUAUCUAGGCUUUACUUUCUUUCUUUCCUUCUUUCUUUCUUUCUUUCUUUCUUUCUUUCUUUCUUUCUUUCUUUCUUUGUAUCCACAAGUCCGCCCCUUUCUUUUUUUCUGUUUUAUCUUUUUGCUUUCAAUUUGCUUUUUUCAUUUUGUUUGUCUGUUUGUCUUUUUAUUUCUUUUUUCUUUCUUUCUUUUUUCUUUCUUUCUUUUUUUUCUUUCUGUCUUUCUUUUUUUCUUUGUAUCCACAAGUCCGCCCUUUCUUUCUUUUUUCCUCUUUAGUCUUUUUGCUUUCAAAUUGUUUUUUUGUUUUUGUUUGUCGGUUUGUCUCUCUCUUUCUUUCUUUCUUUCUUUCUUUCUUUCUUUCUUUCUUUCUUUCUUUCUUUUCUUUUUUUUUGCUUUCAAAUUGUUUUUUUUUUUUGUCGGUUUGUCUCUCUCUUUCUUUCUUUCUUUCUUUCUUUCUUUCUUUCUUUCUUUCUUUCUUUCUUUCUUUGCAUCUAGAAUCCGCCCUUUCUUUCUUUUUUCCUCUUUAGUCUUUUUGCUUUCAAAUUGUUUUUUGGUUUUUGUUUGCCGGUUCGUCUCUCUCUUUCUUUCUUUCUUUCUUUCUUUCUUUGUAUCUAGAAGUCAGCCCUUUCUUUUUUCUGUUUCGUCUUUCUGCUUUCAAUUUGCCUUUUUGAUCGGUUUCUCUCUUUCAUUCUUUCUUUCUUUCUUUCUUUCUUUUCUUUCUGUCUUUCUUUUUUUUCUUUUCUUUUUGCUUUCAAAUUGUUUUUUUGAUUUUGUUUGUCGGUUUGUCUUUUUCUUUCUUUCUUUCUUUCUUUUCCGUAAAGGAGGAGGAAUUGAACCUCAGAUUGAUCUCCGUCUCUCUUCUCUCUUUUUAUUUAUCUCUGCUCAUUAUAUCUCUCUCUCUCUCUUUCUCUCUCUCUCUCUCUCUCUAUCUAUCUAUCUAUCUAUCUUAUUUCGUCUUUUCGUACAAAUAACCUUCAUUUAUUCUCAUCUAUCUAUCUAUCUAUCUAUCUAUCUAUCUAUCUAUCUACGAGGUAUGUUCAUUAUCUAUCUAUCUAUCUAUCUAUCUAUCUAUCUUUUUUUUAGCACUUCACCCCAAGCACGCAAGGGGUUACAGAGAAGUCUAUCUAUCUAUCUAUCUAUCUAUCUAAAUAUUUUUAUUAUCUAUCUAAACAUUUUUUAUUAUCUAUCAGUCAAUCUAAUUUCAUCAUUUAUCUGUCGAGCUAUCUACUGUCUAUCUCAAUAUAUUCAUUAUCUAUCAAUCUAUCUAUCUAUCUAUCUAUCUAUCUCAGUCCAUCUAAGCUCAAGAAUCGAUAUGGAUUUUAAAGAACGGAAAGUCAUCUUUCUUUCUUCACUUUUUCUUCCCCUGCAAUCAUUUUGUCUUUCUUUCUUUCUUUCUUUCUUUCUUUCUUUCUUUUACCAAUCACCAUACAACGGGUUGAAUACCGUAACUUUUUCUAUCUAUCUCAGUUUGUUCAUUAUCUAUCUAUCUAUCUAUCUAUCUAUCUAUCUAUCUAUCUAUCUCAGUCUGUUCAUUAACUAUCUAUCUAUCAGCCUUGUCAUUAUAUAUCUAUCUAUCUAUCUAUCUGUUGUGGAUCCCGCAUCUAUCUAUCUAUCUAUCUAUCUAUCUAUCUAUCUAUCUAUCUCCUAUCUAUCUAUCUCAUCUAUUCAUUAUCUAUCUAUCUAUCUAUCUAUCUAUCUAUCUAUCCAUCCCAGUCUUUUCAUAAUCUAUCUAUCUCAGUCUGUUCAUUAUCUAUCUAUCUAUCUAUCUAUCUAUCUAUCCCAGUCUUUUCAUAAUCUAUCUAUCUAUCUAUCUAUCUAUCUAUCUAUCUAUCUCAGUCUGUUCAUUAACUAUCUAUCUAUCCGCCUUUUCAUUAUCUAUCUUUCUAUCUAUCUAUCUCAGUCUGUUCAUUAUCUAUCUAUCUAUCUAUCUAUCUAUCCCAGUCUUUUUAUAAUCGAGCUAUCUAUCUAUCCCAGUCUUUUCAUAAUCUAUCUAUCUAUCUAUCUAUCUCAGUCUGUUCAUUAUCUAUCACAGUCUUUUCAUAAUCGAGCCAUCUAUCUAUCUCAGUCUGUUCAUAAUCUAUCUAUCUAUCUAUCUAUCUAUCUAUCUAUCUAUCUAUCUAUCUAUCUAUCUAUCUAUCAGUUCAAUAUUUACGCAUCUAUCUAUUUCAGUCGCAUCAGAUUUCUUUCUCUUUGCCUACAGUCAACCUCCGAACGAAGGAUCCAUUAA